AUGGACGGCUCAUACCAAAACCCCUAUCACAGGGCCAAUAGCCCCAUGAGCCCGGAAACGCCAACGAGCGCCCCGUAUCGCGCCAACGUCAACCGAACCAAGACAAGGAAAUGGGUAGAGGCAAAGACGCAGAAUUAUGACGGUGACGACUGGGGAGCCGACGAUUUUGACGAGCAUCCCGAGCCUGUGCCUGUGCCGCCCUUGCGACCCACCGGUUCACGUCAGACCAGCUUGUCCAGCCAGACAUGGAAUCAGCCUCCGCCGAUGCCUCAAGUAGGCCAUCGAUAUGCAUCUGGUCCUCAACCUAGCCUGCACAUUCAAACGCAGCCGGUUCAGGUGCCAUCGCAGCUGUCGCAGUCGCAAGCGGAACAGCAGCAACCUCGCGACCUGACAGCAGCACCCGAAAUCAAGUCCCCAGUGGGUCCCGAGCCUUCUUCGUCAAUUUAUAGUCAGGGCACAGGGCAGGUCGUUUCGCCUCAGUCCGCCAGCUCUGGGGCUAUCACUGCGCCCGUCACCGUGUCAGAACCCUCGAGGUUUCCUCCGCGUAAGAGCAGUGUCAGUCAGGGCGAGCCCCAAGCAGCCCAGCAGCAGACAACCCUACCCUCGAGUGUCUUCCGCCGUUCAGAAGAGGAUACGACUGCAGGCAAUCCGCAGUCAUCCCAUACCGCUGGCAAGAACGCUGAGGAGUCUGUCGCAUCUCCUCCUGGGCGCUCGAUUGCUCAUAAUGAAGGCAUAACUCCGGCCCACACCAGUCUAGGCAGCACCUCCCGCGCUGGAACGCCUCAGGAUACUGUUCAGGGGGGCAGGAGCGACGACGGACUUGACCGGACACCUUCCCCCUCAAAGCUUGACCAAGGACAGACCCAACAGGCAUCAGUGCUGGGAUCAGCACCUGCUCCCGUUGAGCAGCCUCAGCCUACCGAGCGUUUCAGUACUGCAGUCAUCGCUGAGCCGCAAGCUAUUCUUCCCUCCCGCGGAUACGAGGCCUCUUCGCCGACUUCAACCGUCGAGCAAGCAAGCAGUAACGUCGUAAGGGCCCAGGAAGAGCCUCGACGAUUUUCCACGAGCCCUCAGCUUCCAGAUCUGGCGCGCAUGUCCAUGUUUGGCGACGAUUUCUUCGCGAAACCACCUCUAACCUCGAAUGCGCCCCCGGUCCCCACGCUUCCAGAGGAAAGCGAGCCUUCCCCUCAACUCUCUUUACCGUCACAAACCUUGCCUGCAAUGGAUCGGUCGGCCACACCACCGAGGACUGAUACGACCACGAUCCUGAGCACUGAUCAGACCGAACCGCCAACUCAGCCAACUCAUGAUAUUUCGCCCAAGCCAGAGGAAAUGACAGCCGAGGCGGCGCCGACUACGAAUGUGACAGAAUCCCCAACUGGUGACAUUGAAAGUCGCGAGCCUUCCCGCCCCGAGCGCGCUGAACCAAAACGCCCAUCAUUUCCUGGUGGCUGGGUCACCGAGACUGCAACCCCAGCGGCGGAAACUGAGCCCGCAGCGAAUCCCAUCGAAAGUGCCCCGACCGAACAGCCAAGCAUGCCAGCAGUUUCCGACGAUGGGAGCGGCUCUCUUGCGGCCUUCGAGCCUGUCCCUUUGAAGGGGCUUCAAUCCGCUUCAGGUCCUGGGUCAGUGACAGCCUCCGAUGAUCACGUACAGCGCGCUGCCAGCCCCGUUGCAUCUCUCUCGGUCUCCCCCGCACCUGAGGGACAGUCAUCCACGCUGGCCGCUUUGCAAACUCGAUCUGUCGAUGACCCACCUGAGAAGUUUGCUGCCCCUGAGCGACAGUCCACCCUGAGCACGAUCAACUCUCCCUCGCCAAUCAAGGAGAGCGAUAAAUUGAGGGAGGAGAUCAUCCGAACUUUAAGCCCAGUCCGUCCGACGCAUGAUAAUGAUGCAACAGGAGACAGCAAAGGAGGCCUCUCAGUGUUGCCCAGCCAGGCUGGUCGGGAAAGUACUUAUCUUCAUGGCGUUUAUGACGAUUACUGGUCUGGGCCCGAGGACAGACCAGCUCACAGCAAACAGGAUGAUACUGAUCCUGCUCCUGCGAUUCCAGCCACAGAUGGGACCAUGCUCUCGUCACCGCACGAUGUGUCUGAUAUUCCGCCUUUGAGCCCCCGUAGUCCUCGACGAGAGCCCGUUGAUGUACCCGCUGCGGUUCCUGAAGUCAAUCUGCUCCCACGUCGGUUCUCCUGGGAGGCUGGCAACGAGGAUCAACCACAGUCUGCGGAGCAAAGCAGCGCUGUUGCCUCAGCCCCGCAUUUCGCCGUCAAUGUCAGCAGCGGCCCGUCUUCUCAACAUUCUCAGCCUCUCGCGCCUUCCAUUGGAGAUCCUGAGGAGCCAACAAAUGAUGACGACAAGCCACCAUCCAGUGCGGCGGACGAGCUUCCUUCGAGGCUGGCAGACAAGUCACAGAUUGGUAUCUUGGACAAUACGGCUCUAGUAUCGCAUCAAGUCUCUCAAGUCAGCACCCUUCCCAGGGAAAAGCAGGAUUCGGCCGGCCCUGAGCCACCGUCUCCAAUUUCAGCAGCGUCCGACAAACCGCCGCCUUUCAAGGAAGAAGCAGAACCCAAGACGAGACGCUUAUCGCUGGCAGACGAGAAGCGCCUACAGGUCUCCACGUCGGACCAGACCUCUCCGCUCCCUUCCCCUGGAGGUCAUCCCGCGUUAGCAGAGCCCACCGUAGCAGCAGGCCCCGAGACAGAAGGUUCACCGACGCAGCAUCAUAUUCCAGCGCAGUCGACACAGCCGGCGCAAAAGAUACUAUCAUUCAGGGAGAUUCUUGACUUGCCAAGCCCCGCCGACAGAAUCGCCAAGUACAAUGAGACGCGAGCGCAGUUUGCUUCGAUGGACUCGGGUCUCAACAAUUGGAUUCAGCCUUACUAUCAGCAGUAUUUGAAUGCCAGCUCGCCGAACGCGACUCCAGGUGCUCCUGGCCGGCUAUCCACGAGCAACAUGGGGACAGCGGCUUCACAUUCUCCUUCCAGCGAUUUCAAGCACUCAAGUGGUCAAGUUGGGGCGAAGGGCAAGGAGCUUCUGCUCGGGGCGGCCAAGGCGGGCAAGGGACUGCUGAGCAAGGGCAAGAACAAGCUUCGCGGCGGCGACAAGGUAUUUCCUUAA